ACAUUAGUCAAAAAGAGCCAUGGUUCAGAUGUUCUCCCUUUGACUCCCUCUGUUUCUUCGGUGUCACAACUUUUCCUUUCUUCUCACUACUUCUAGCCGUAACCAACAUAGCAUAGCAUGUACACCAACUGGAACAGGGUCAAGAACACUUCUUUUGAAAUACCCAUCUCCUUCGUUUCUCAUCUAUCCAUCUAAAAUUCUCUCUUCAUCAUUUUUUUUCUAUCUUUUCUCACCAUGUCCUGUUCUGGAGGUAAAGGGGAAUCACGUGCCCCGUACUCGAAUGUCUCUGUCUGUGAUUGCCCCUCCUUCUCCAACCUACUCAAAAGCGUUUUGACGACCAAUUCUUCUACUUUUCGAUUUCAGGGACAACAUGAGACACCUCAACAAGAUAAUGUGGUGAGCAAAAAGCCUAAAGAAGAUGGAGCAAAGUUGAAACUUCAAGCUGAAUGCGCAAAUCCUUCUACCGGUAUAUCACCUCUUGCUCCAGCUGCAACAUCUCUGCCGCAUUCAGCUCCUGUAAUCCCAACUUCUGGGCUAAUAGUAGACCAGCAAAAUGCUGACUGUAAUACCUGUCUUUCCCAUAUUGUUAGGGAGACGCCUGCUAGUGAUGGGUAUAGCUGGAGGAAGUAUGGGCAAAAGCAGGUGAAGAGUUCUAGUAGUUCCCGAAGCUACUACAGGUGUGCGUUUUCUAAUUGCCAUGCAAAGAAGAAGAUUCAACGCUGUCAUCAUUCCAGUCGUAUCAUUGAUAUUGUUUAUCUAGGUCACCAUAAUCAUGAUCUCUCUCAAAAUAAAUGCAAUGUUUCAAGAGCGUCUGUAGCAUCCUCUAAGCUUGCUGCAGGCAGUAAUAUUGUUGAUUCUAUUCAAAAGGUCGAUGGUGCAGAUAUGUCUGUCUGCUGGGAAGACACCAGGCAGUCAUCCGUGCAUAUUGCUGAAUCUGAACAACAGAGUUCCAGUAGCUCUACUGGCGAUAUUAGGAUUAAGGUUGAGGAGCAUAAUGGUAAUGAGCUGGACUCAAAAAAAUUUGGGGCAGAACACCAGAAAAAUAGUUCUUGUGGAAUUGCAAAUGCUGAGGUUCAGGAGAAGCAUGGUGCUGAACCAAGGCUGAAAAAAAGGAGUGCAUAUUCAGCUCCUGUCUUGGAAGCUAAUAAGGAGAUUAAGAUUGUUGUGCAUACUACUGCUGAUGGGGGCAUCUCAAGUGAUGGCUACCGAUGGCGCAAGUAUGGCCAGAAAAUGGUGAAGGGGAAUUCUCACAUAAGGAGUUAUUAUAGAUGCACAUCUGCCGGAUGCUCUGCCCGCAAGCAUGUUGAGAGGGCGACAGAUGAUGCAACAACAUCUACAAUAACAUACGAAGGGAAACACGACCAUGACAUGCCAAUACCUAAGAAACAAAAAGGUUCAGAAAGUCUUGGUCUGAUUUCCUCUGCCGCCACAUCAAAUGGUGCUCAUUGCAAGAAAACAAAAACUUUAUCUAGUCAAAGGAUUUCAGCCAAAUGGUCAGUGGAUAGAGAAGGAGAUUUGAUGGACGAGAAGGUCUUAGAGCUUGGAGGUGAAAAGGCACUGGAGUCGGCUCAAACCCUUCUCAGCAUUGGAAUUGAACUCAGGCCUUGUUGAGAAGCAAAUAGUAGUGUUGAUUGAUACAAAAAUGUUUUCUAAAGUGCCAUCUUUGGCUUAGAUUAUGCACUGUUGAUUUGAGUUUAAUGAAAUUUUGGCAAUUUUACUUGUAUAAUUUGUUCUUAAUGGACUUUCUUUUGUAA